AUUAAACACACAGUCUCUGGAGGACUGAGGAGAAACCUGUGGACAUGCGUGUGUGUGUGUGUGUGUGUGUGUGUGUGUGUGUAUGGAGCAGUAAAUCAUAAGAAACAUCAUCUGUUCAUACCUCAUUUGAAUAUCCUCAAGCAGGAAGAGUUUUGCAGACUGCGGGAUGUUCUCGUCGGUGAAGCCAUUUGAAGAGCAGCACUUCUCAGCCCUGAGGAAACAGUGCCUGCAGAACAGGACUCUGUUUGAAGACCCCAGCUUUCCCGCUGUGGACCAGUCGCUCUUCUAUCAUGGAAACCGCAUCGGAAAAGUCACCUGGAAGAGGCCGAAGGAGCUGUGUGAAGACCCGCACUUGUUUGUGAACGGGAUCAGCGCUCAUGACCUGCACCAGGGGCAGCUGGGAAACUGCUGGUUUGUGGCGGCCUGCUCCAGUCUGGCCUCCAGAGAAGCUCUGUGGCAGAAGGUUAUCCCAGAUUGGAAGGACCAGGAAUGGGACAAGCAGAAGCCGGAGAGCUAUGCUGGGAUUUUUCACUUUCGGUUCUGGCGUUUUGGAGAAUGGGUGGAUGUUGUUAUUGAUGACCGACUGCCAACCGCAAACGGGACGCUCAUCUACUGCCACUCUAACGACAGUAACGAGUUCUGGAGUGCACUGGUGGAGAAAGCCUAUGCCAAGUUAUGUGGAUGUUAUGAGGCUUUGGAUGGCGGGAACACGGCGGACGCUCUUGUGGAUUUCACUGGUGGAGUGUCUGAGCCCAUGGAUCUGCUGGAGGGGAAGAUCAUCCAGGAGGAGGAGGCCAGAAAUCAGCUGUUCGAGCGCGUGCUGAAGGUCCACAGCAGAGGAGGCCUGAUCAGCUGCUCCAUCAGAGCCACGAGUCAGGCGGACAUGGAAGCCCGUUUAGACUGCGGCCUGGUCAAAGGUCACGCGUAUGCGGUGACUGAUGUGCGUAAAGUGCGUCUGGGCACCGGCCUGCUGGCGUUCUUCAAAUCAGAGAAGCUCUCCAUGAUCCGCAUGAGGAACCCUUGGGGUCAGAGAGAGUGGAACGGAGCGUGGAGCGACAGCUCAGAGGAGUGGAAGAGAGUGAGUAAGGGUGAGCGAGAGAGGUUAGGUGUGACUGUGGAAGAUGAUGGCGAGUUCUGGAUGGAUUUUGAGGAUUUCUGCAAGUAUUUCACAGACCUGAUUCUGUGCCGCUUGAUUAACACGUCGUACCUGAGCAUCCACAAGACCUGGGAGGAGGAAGUGAUGCGGGGCUCCUGGUGUCGCCACGACGACCCUUUAAAGAACCGAUCAGGAGGCUGCAUCAACCGCAAAGCCACGUUCCUGCAGAACCCACAGUAUGUGUUCGAUGUGACAAAGCCAGAGGACGAGGUUCUGAUCUGCCUUCAGCAGCAGGACAAGAGAGCUCGAUCUAAAGAUGGCAUUGGAGACAAUGUGGCCAUCGGCUUUGACAUCCAAAGAGUGGAGCUCAACCGGACGUACCGCAUGCACGCCAUCCAGAAAACAGUGGGCAGCUCCAUCUACAUUAACUCCCGCAGCGUGUUUCUGCGCAAGGACCUGAAGGAGGGCCGCUAUGUCCUCGUUCCCACGACCUUUGACCCCGGCCUGCAGGGAGACUUCCUGUUGCGCAUCUUCACAGAUGUACCUGCUGCCUCGUCCGAUCCGUACGUCAUCAUCAGCUGUGAGGGAGAGAAGGUUCGCUCUCCGGUGCACAAAAACACACAGAGUCCGGACUUUGACUUGAGGGCCGUGUUCUACAGGAAGAAGCCGAAGGAGCCGAUCCGCAUUCAGAUCUACAACAAGAACCUUCUGAAAGACUCGUUCAUGGGUCAGGCGGUCCUGAGCGGCGAUCUCUCCGACCUGCAGCAGCUUCACACGCUUCGCCUGCGGGACAAAGCAAACCGGCAGAACAACAAUCUUCCAGGUCUGGUGUCAGUGAGCCUCACUACCAGCGACGUCCUGACCAACAUCUGAGCGCUUUUCAGCACGCUCUGUGUCUGUGAUUAAUCGUGGAGUACUUUACGCACUUGACGUGUUGUAUUACACUUAUACUUACAUGCUCUUAAUUAGGGCUGGGAAAAAAAUCAAUGCAUCGUGAUUCUCUCUGGAAUCGAUUCUGAGCUUAGUUUUUAACAGCA